GCAUAGAGCCUCAUCUUCCAAUAACCCUAUUCAAUCUUAUCUUCUUCCUCCUAUCUUCUUCCCCUCCUUCCUCAAACCCCUAAUUCCAUAUAAGAAUUUCACAUGAUAUCAGAGUCUGGUUGCUAUUGAUCAACCAUUUUUCUUCUCAAGACUUACCUCUUAUCUUCCUUACAAGCCUCUAUUUCAUUUGAUACACGAUGAGUACAUCUGCUACUGCAUCUGACUCUACCACUAGAGCAAUGGUGAAUCGAAAACUAAAUUUGAAGAUCCUAACAUGAAUCCCUACUACAUGUCCACUAGAGACAGUGCAUUCACAUCAAUCCUCUCUUUCAAACUCACGGAUGAUAACUAUCUUGUGUGAAGUGAAUCCAUGGAAGAUGCACUCAGAACCAAAAACAAGAUAGUUUUCAUCGAUGGGUCUCUGCCACCUCCAGAUGGUAACAAUCCCUUACAUUCUACUUGGGUGAGAGUUAAUGGAACCAUUCUAUGCGGGAUUAGGAGUUCUGUAUCUGAUGAUAUUCUACCUAGUCUUAUGAAAAUCAAAACUACUAGGAAAGCUUGGAAGUACUUGAAAUCCAAGUUUGGUCAGGGAGAUUUCAUUAGAAUAGCUGAUUUGCAAGGUCGUCUAGCCACUUGCAAUCAGGGUAAUCAAUUUGGGAGGCAGUUCUACACAGAUCUGAAGGUUUUGUGGGAUGAACUGGACUCCUAUCUUCCCAUUCCUAUGUGUGAUUGUCCUUCCAAGACCUAUGAAACUGUGUGUAUGUACAGGGAAAAUGGUAGAGUCAUCAAAUUCCUACAGGGAUUAUCACCUAACUAUCAAAUGGUCAAGACUCAAAUGCUUCUGGUUGACCCUCUGCCUGACCUUGACUCAGUUUACAAGUCUUCAUUCAGCUGGAAAGACAGAUGAAGGGUAAUGGUUUGAUUGGAAACAAGCCUGCAGUAUCCAUUGCUUUAGCAACAAGAUCAAACCAAUCACAGAGACAAUACCAUAGGUCUCAGUUAACUCCUCAACCAGAUCCAAACCAAGAGCUCUUUUGUGUUUACUGCAAGAAGAACAUUCAUAUGAUUAAAGAUUGUUAUAAGCUGAAAAUGAAGAAAGCUAGAGAGAAAAUGCAGGAAGACAACUCUAAAUUUGCUGGAUCUAUUGAUGUUGGUGAACUUGUUUCUCAGGGUGUUUCACAUGGAGGACAAAACAGUCCCAAUGACACUCAUUCCAUUCUUGCAAGUAUAUUUACCGCCAUGGAAGAAUUCACAAAACUGAAAGAUAUGAUGCAGGAACAGACUUCACCAUCACCACCAUUGUCACCUACUGUCCCUGCUGCACAUUCAGUUACUUUGAAUCGGCCUUCCACUUCUAUGGCAGGUACACACGUUCUGUCAACAAGAAUGAAUGGAACUAAACAUG